AAUCAUAAGGGGCGGCUUUUCGCCGAUCAAGCGAUUCCUCUCCACAAAAGAUAAUAAGGGACCAGAGAGAGAGAGAGGCGAAAUCUCUCCGUACGCUCACCAAGUAAACCCUAACCCUAAUCGAUAAUUUAAAUUAUAAAUAUCGCACGCUGGCCGCUUGAAUGUUAAUCGACUGGAGUUGAGCAAACUGUAUUAAUUAAUUAAUUAAUUAAUUAAUUAAUGGUUUGUUUUCAAGGGCGUUCUUCUACCAUGGUUUCCUCGGCAGUCCUUGUUCAGGAUUGCCACCACAAGAGGCUGAAAAUUUCUAAUUCUGAAAACAAAGAGCUAGAUUCGCAAGCAUCUAUAGGCUGCUGUCAUGAUGUUGCUGUGGCUGUGGCUGUGGCCUCAUCUUUGUUUCCCACGAUAGAAGAGUGCUCUUGCCACGGGUGCGUGCAAAGUGGUUUUGUUUCUUCAUCAUCUUGCUGUGGUUUUGAUGAAAAAGUUGGGUCAAAUCCCGAGCUGGAGAUGAGCUGCCAGUCAAAUGGCAAUAGCAGUGAUAUUCAACAGUCGUGUCACACUGGAGGGGGAGGGACCUUCCAGGAUAAGGGUUACUCCAGGUAUGAAGCACCUGCUAUUGUGAGUGGAUGGAUGUAUGUAAAUGAAUGUGGCCAAAUGUGCGGUCCUUACAUUCAGGAGCAGCUAUAUGAGGGUUUAUCUACUGGUUUCUUGCCAGAUGAGCUUCCUGUAUAUCCUGUGUUGAACGGGACAGUAAUAAACUCCGUACCAUUGAAGUAUUUCAAGCAGUUUCCUGACCAUGUAGCCACUGGGUUUGCAUAUCUAAGUAUGGGUGUCUCAAGUUCAAGCAUUCAUUCAAAUUCUUUCGUGCCUUGCCAUGCUGAUUUGUCUGCACAUCCACAAGGUGGAUUUGAUAAGGAUGUUAUUUCUGUUAGUGUUUAUCAAGGUUUGCAGUCUGUUUCCAAUUUACCAGUCAACUAUGACAGUAAUGCGUCCACUCAGCGGAUAUUGAAUUCUAAAAAACCUCAGUUAACUACAUCGUAUCCAUCACAGUCAAGUGAAGAAUCUUGUUGGUUGUAUGAGGAUGAUGAAGGAAGGAAACAUGGGCCACAUUCUCUUUUAGAAUUAUAUUCUUGGCAUCAGUAUGGUUAUAUUCGGGAUUCACUUAUGAUAUAUCAUGUUGACAAUAAGUGUACACCCUUCACAUUGCUAUCCAUUGUAAAUUCAUGGAAAACUGGUAGAUGUGAAACUAUUCCCACGUCGGAUGCCAAAAACAAGUACUCUGGCUCUUUCCCGAGCUUCAUAUCUGAAAUUUCUGAGGGAGUUUCUUCCCAACUUCAUAUAGGAAUUAUGAAAGCAGCUCGAAGAGUUGUAUUAGAUGAGAUCAUAAGCAAUAUUAUUGCAGAAUUCGUUACUGUGAGAAAAACUCAGAGACAGAUCAAGCUGGAAUCACUAAAUCAAGCUGUGAAAACUUUCUCAUUUGAUGGCAGAGUGUCUGAAUUUGAUGGGAAGAGCAAGAAUUGUUCUGCUGCUUCAUGUGAGGUUGCUACCUCUCAUUAUGUUGCUGACGUGAUAUGUACUAAUGGAAAUACCAGACAGUCUUUGGCGAACAAUAAAUCUGUUGGAAGCAUCGAGAACUUCUGGGGUUCAUAUGCAGCUGUUUGUAAAAUACUUUAUGAUUAUUGCAUGGAAGUUGUGUGGAAUUCUGUUUUUUAUGAUCCUGUAGCAGAGCAUGCCUCUGCCUGGAGAAAGCAAAAACUUUGGUCUGGUUAUCCAUUAUUUAGGAAACCUGUCAGUGUAUGCAACACUUAUUUCAAGAAGGUUGAAAAUUUACCUCUUAAAGCUUUGUCGCCCUGGAACGAGUCCUCUGCUUGUGAUGAUGGUUGUCCCACUAGUUUUAAACCGUUGGAAAUGGAACCAGAUUAUUAUGCUCAGCCAUCUACUAUGACCUCAUCUAUGCAAGUUGUAUUCAAGUCAUCCGAUAAGAUGAGCUCCUCAUGCACCGAUCAUAUGGAUGAGUACAUGAAAUGCAUGGUAAAGUUUAUAGAAAAUGAGCUCCACUUCUCCGCAGAGGUAGCUUUGACCGGGGAUGUUGAACAUUUCAUUGAGGAGGAAGUGCAGAAGUUAGUCAAGUCUUCUGGAGAUGGAAAAUUACUUAAGGACAAUAUUCCUUGUAACAGCAAUUAUGGAUUGCUAGAGACUUGUGAUGAAUUAACUGACUCAAAUGAAAUAUGCUUAGAGAUGAUGUUAUCUGAAGUAUCUUCACUUCCUUCACAAACAGCAAAACCUUCUCAUCAACCUAUAUCUGAAAACCAGGUGUUUCAGUUGUUCUCAACUGUGUUUAAGGAACUACAUUCACAUGUUAAUCUGGCUGUUGAUCCAGAAACCAAUGAACCUCCACCCCCUGGUUUUGAAGACAAUACCAGAGCUCCUGUUCCUUCAUGUCUAGGCAAACUCCGCCUCUCCAGGUCUGAUGAAUGUAUUCCUAAAAUUGGGGAAUAUGUGGUCACAGCAAUAUGCCGGCAAAGAUUGCAUGAGGAUGUUCUUAGAGAAUGGAAAUUGUUAUUUUUUGAUUGUUAUCUUAAUCAAUUUCUCAUAUCAUGGCAUACUUCAAAGAAACAUAGUAAUCUUGGUGGUCACAAGGAAGGAGCAUCUGAUGCAAAAAAGGAAGAUUCAGGAGAUGCUUCUUUUCUAGACAACCGUAAAGAAGAACCAAAAUGUUGUCCCAGUUCAAGCUCUGCAAAACUUCCACUUUUGAUUGAUAAAUAUACUUAUUAUCGCAAAAAGAAGUUGUCUCGGAGAAGGUUAGGAGCCUCAGUUGACACUGGGUUAUGGAAUCAUUUAGCAGACAAGUCAAAAAAACAACGUGUUUCUGGAGAUUUACCUGAGACUGCAGAAGUUGAACCUCCAGCUGUGACUUCUGAAAAUGUUGGGCUAAAAAAACGCCACACUGAAAAUUUUGUUAAGCGUACAUCUUUGCAACCUGUUAGUAAACUUAAAAGUAGUUUGCCUGGGGAUCAUUCAGCAGCCAAGAAUACAAGUAGGAAAGCAACCAAAGUUUCUCAUGGAGUUCGAAGUAGCAAGAUCAAAGAAAGUGCUGUUAAACGUAGCACAGUGCAGGUUUCAAUGUUCUCUGGAAAUUGUGUUGGUGUUGAGAAAGUGGCCAAUGGCUAUGACCAUGAUGUUCAAAUUCAGGGAAAGAGUUCAAAUAAGGCAUCAAAGCUUAAAAGGAAGCAGCUAACAGAUGGUGUGCCGUUGCCACAAUCCAAAAAGGUUUUAAAAGUAGCAAAUGGUGCUGUGAAACAGGCAGCAUGUAAACAGCAGACUGCAGUAAGAAAGACAAAGUACUGUAAAUCCAAGACAUUAAACCCAUGCCCUAGAUCAGAUGGGUGUGCUCGUGCAUCAAUUAAUGGGUGGGAGUGGCAUAGAUGGUCACAAAAUGCAAGUCCUGCUGAGAGAGCCCUUAUUAGGGGAAUUAAAUACGUCAAUGCUGAUUGUUUAGGUGCCGAUGUUAAUACCCCACAGUGGUCAAACAACAAGGGUCUCUCUGCAAGAACAAAUAGAGCAAAACUUCGUAAUCUUCUUGCUGCUGCAGAGGGUGCUGACCUUUUGAAAGCUACUCAAUUGAAGGCAAGGAAAAAACAUUUACGUUUCCAGCGGAGCAAGAUACAUGACUGGGGUCUUGUUGCCCUGGAGCCAAUUGAAGCAGAGGACUUCGUUAUAGAAUAUGUUGGAGAACUAAUCCGUCCUCGGAUAUCUGACAUACGUGAACGUCACUAUGAGAAGAUGGGAAUUGGAAGCAGUUAUCUUUUUAGGCUUGAUGAUGGUUAUGUGGUUGAUGCUACAAAGCGUGGUGGAAUUGCCAGAUUCAUAAACCAUUCUUGUGAGCCCAACUGUUACACCAAAGUUAUAAGUGUUGAGGGUCAAAAGAAGAUUUUCAUCUAUGCAAAACGACACAUAGCAGCUGGUGAAGAAAUUACUUAUAAUUACAAGUUUCCUCUGGAGGAGAAAAAGAUUCCCUGCAACUGUGGCUCUAAAAAGUGCCGUGGAUCAUUGAAUUAGAAUGUAUUGAGUUGCCCUGGUGUAUAAACGUGACCAUCUUGUUAGACGGAGUUUUUUCUAUUGUGGAUUUGUAUCAAUUCUCUUUUGAUAAUGUUGAGGGUUAUUUUGCCUGAGUUAUCUCUCUCAACAUUGGGUUGGCAGUCUAUACCACAGUUAAUCUUGGAGGAGCUGGUGUGGUCUUGUGAUGAUGAAACAUCCCCCUUAUGGCAUGCUCUGUUUAUUAUUUGGUUGGAUGGUUGCAGCUGACUGGAGUGCAUUUUAUUGUUAAUUGUUUAUGGAUCAGCUGACAACAGCUGCGGCAUGAUGUGGUUGGUGAUGACACGUUGAGAGUUUUGCGUAGUUGUCAAAGAUGAAUUACUGACCCGUGUGCAUACUUAUAGAUUUCUCUAUGUUGCAGAUGAGUUUCUCCUCUUAGAAUCUGUAAAUCAGUUUAGAGUUAUAGUGCUUACAUUGCAAUUUUGGAAUAGCAAUUUCUUGUACAAACAUGCAUGAUUCUUCUUGCAAUAUCAAUAAAUUUAGUUAUACCAUGAGCUGCUGUAAAAUAUACGGAGAAAUUUCUUUGUUGUUUUGUGGCUAAUGGUAAAACUUUUUAUCUUUGCAAUCA